AUUGGCCCGAGGAAUAAAACCCGUUUCUAAAUGGUUGCCGUUUCGGAUAUUUAAAAUCAGUAAAAACAAUAAUGGAACCCUAAAAAUCCCAACUUCCCACAGACAGACAGCAGCUCCUCUUGUCCACUCUCCAGUUCCUAGAGCUACAAUCUUGGGCUGUUUUCUUGUAUACUGAUGGCAGAGGAGAUAAUAGCCGAAGCCAUUGAGGCCAACCUGGAGAGAGCUGACACAGCUACUGAGGAAAUGGAUAUGGUGGAGGAUGUGGCAGCAAAUGGUGAUAAGCGAGCUAGAGAGGGAGAGGACGAGGAUAAUGAGGAUGUAGCAAAGAAGCAGAAGGUGGAUAAAUCUGUGGAGGAAGAGCGACUGGAGAAGCUUGAAGGAGAGGGGACAGGAGAGGGAGAGGAGAAGAAAGAGGAGGAGCGACCGGAGAAGCUUGAAGGAGAGGGGACAGGAGAGGGAGAGGAGAAGAAAGAGAAGGAGAAUUCAGGUCCAGUCAGCUUGGGUCCAAAGAGUUUUGGGUCGGCAGUGGAGAUGUUUGAUUAUUUCUACAAUUUCCUCCAUUACUGGCCUCCUAAUCUUAAUGUCAACAAGUAUGAACAAAUGGUGCUACUGGACUUGCUGAAGAGAGGUCAUACAGAGCCUGACAAAAAGAUCGGUGGGGGGAUCCAAACUUUCCAAGUUCGGUUUCAUCCAAUGUUCAAGAGUCGGUGCUUCUUCCUAAUUAGGGAUGAUGAGUCUGUGGAUGAUUUCAGCUUUCGGAAGUGUGUGGAUCACAUACUUCCGCUGCCUGAGGACAUGAAAAUAAAAUCUGACAACUUUCUCGGUGGAGGGAAAGGUCAUGGUGGGAAAGGUGGUCAUGGUGGAAGAGGUGGACGAGGUCGUGGCCGUGGUUAUGGAAGGGGUGGUAGAUCAAGGAACUGAAUCAUAGAAGACAAAUGAGGAUUGCAUGUUUUUCUUCUGUAUUGUCUAGCUAAGUCUCUCUCUUAUCCAAGUUUUGACUCUUAAAUGCUUAAAUUUUGAAGGCUCUUUGCUUAGCUUUGGAGAUCAUCAGUUUUUUCUGUUUCAA